AUGUGUCUGCGUGGUACGGAAGAUGAUCCUGCCCAAGUCUUCCCUGAAGGACCAAGAAAGCAUCACCCUUCAGAUGUCACUGCCAGGCAGUCUGCAAAUAAACGUAUUCAGAAUAUGAAAAGCCUAAGGAAAGAGAAGAAGAAGUUAGAAAAGAAGUUUGCAACGCCUGCUCCAAUUCCAGAACCAGGACUCAUAGUAAGUGUAGAAGUGAAACUGAAAUUAACAGAUACUUAG